CUGAGCCACCCAGGCACCCCUCUUAUGCUUUUAUCCAAGUUGUUUUCUGGGUUUGCAGAGUAGCUCCACCACACCAUCCCUUUUCCUGGAAACCUACUCAUGUUGCAAGACUCAGCUGAAAUGUCAUCUACCCCAUGUGGCCUUACCUGGCACACUCUGUCCCCGGCAGAGUUCGGAGCAUCCUGUUUUUGUUGUUAGGACCUCUUGUAUCGGCACUGAAACAAAUCUCCCAAGUACUGUAAUUGGGGUUAAAUAUACACAUUCCCUAUUAGCUCAUGAGUUACUCAAAAACAAAAGGCCUCUCUUUUUAGUUGAUUGCAUCUCUGUCUCUCAGAGUGCUUUUGCACAAACUACAUGUUCACCACGUUGAUAGCGUGGUGUCUGUCGUGGGAAGAGGAGACACAGGUUCUGGGAUCCAAAGAACCUGGAUAUGAACUAAAGCUCUGCCAUUUGUUAGCUGCGUGUCUAUAGGAAAAUGAGAUAACCUUUCCGAUUCUAGAUCCUCAGAGUUGACAUGGGACUCAUUCAGUCUGCCUCGCUGGGAUGAUUCAAGGAGGUGGGGUAAAUUCCUGGCUCUGGAGGAACUCAAAAAACGAUAGUUACUCUUCACCUGAUUGAAGAAUGAAGAGUUUCUAUUGUGGGCAUCUGAUCAUGUCUGAAUUAUUUUAUUUUUUAAUCAUUCAGCCACGAGGAGGGGUGGAAGAAGGCCCCGCAGCAUUGAGAAAGGCUGGCCUGCUGGAUAAACUGAAAGAACAAGAGUGUGAUGUGAAAGAUUAUGGGGACGUGCCCUUUGUUGAUGUCCCUAGUGAUCCUCCCUUUCAAAUUGUGAAGAAUCCGAGGUCUGUGGGGAGAGCCAAUGAGCAGCUGGCCGGCGUGGUGGCAGAAGUCAAGAAGCAGGGAAGGACCAGCCUGGUGCUGGGCGGAGACCACAGUAUGGCGGUUGGAAGCAUCUCUGGCCAUGCCAGGGUCCACCCAGAUCUCUGUGUCAUUUGGGUGGAUGCUCACACUGAUAUCAACACUCCAGUGACAACCACAAGUGGGAACUUGCAUGGACAACCUGUGUCUUUCCUUCUGAAGGAACUAAAAGGAAAGAUCCCCGAUGUACCAGGAUUCUCCUGGGUGACUCCCUGCAUAUCUGCAAAAGAUAUUGUGUAUAUUGGCCUGAGAGAUGUGGACCCUGGGGAACACUACAUUUUGAAAACUCUGGGUAUUAAAUAUUUUUCAAUGACUGAAGUGGAUAAACUGGGAAUUGGCAAGGUGAUGGAAGAAGCACUCAGCUAUCUACUAGGAAGAAAAAAAAGGCCAAUUCACCUGAGCUUUGAUGUUGAUGGAUUGGACCCAUCUUUCACACCAGCUACGGGCACACCAGUUGUGGGAGGUUUGUCUUACAGAGAAGGUCUCUACAUUACAGAAGAAAUUUACAAAACAGGGCUACUCUCAGGAUUAGAUAUAAUGGAAGUGAACCCCUCUCUGGGGAAGACACCAGAAGAAGUAACUCGAACAGUGAACACAGCAGUAGCAGUAACCUUGGCUUGCUUUGGAGUUGCACGGGAGGGUAAUCAUAAGCCUAUUGACUACCUUAACCCACUUAAGUAAAUGUGGAAACAUCAUGUAAAAAUCUCACAGCUAAUGUCAUCAUUAGUCAAUCUUAAUAAUUUACUUAAGCUUACAGUUAUCCUCCCAAAAAUUUGGUCUUUCUGAAAAAUGUUCUGCCUCGGUAAAUAUUGGUAUAAUUAAUAUAAACUAUCAAUUCCCUUUUGGUGUGAAAUUCAAGAUUUGGAAAUUCUAAGUUUUGUGUAAUUAAAACCACAUAUAGAGUGGGACUCCUGAUAUCGGAAGAUAAAGCUACCCCACCUGAAAAGGGACCAUAUUCCCAUGUUGUUCAAAGAUGUGAUUUUUAUAAUAAACUCUUUAUAUUAAGGUUGUAUUAUGUCUAUAUGUUUCUAAACACAUGGAUUUACUAAGGAUUUCAAAAGCCCACAGUGAAAUCAUCAUCCCCAAAACACUGUAAAACUGGUGAGAUGAAACUCUGCCUCCUGGUUUCUUCAUCUGUAAAUGGGUAAUGGUAAGGCCUUGUGAAUCUCCCAAGUUCAUUAAUGUUAGAUGACCAUGUUUUACUUUUUCUAAACCUCAGACAUGAUAUUGGCUUAUAUUUUAAGCAAGGCUGCUAUUCAGGUAGCCUUUUGGGAGGUAGAAAAAAGAAAUCAAACUGCUAUUUGUUUCUAAAACCUUCUAAUUCAGAUAGGAAUUUCACCUAAAAUUAUCUGUGGCUUCCCAACACUCCCACCGUCCCUUCACUCAUUGCAAUUAUAGUGUCUCAUUGGCUGAAAUCCUUAAACAACCCAAAAACUCAUCUUGGCUCUGGAAUAUAGUGAGGGAAAUGGAAUAAAAUAAGUAAGAGUAAACUACAGUUGACCCUUGAAC